AUCUGUCAAAGUUCAUUGGACACCAUGGAUCUUGAUUAUUUGAUAUCUCCACAUGGGCAUGAAAAUAUGAACAUCUAUGAAGAUGAAAUGGGAGAUGAGACUGAAAUGGAUGAUGCUGAGACAGAAACUGAUAAUGUUGAAUGUCAAGGUUAUAUUUCACCAGGGUCCUCCAUAAGAGAUGUUAAUAUGAGACACUCACAUACACAAUCAAGAAACACAAAUACUCAAAUGAGAUAUCCAUAUACACAACUUGGAUACUCAGAUAAAGAAACAAGAGACUCGAACACAGGAUUAGGAAACUCUAUACAGAGUAACUCAGACAUAAAAACAAAUCUCUUGAAUAAACAACAGAGAAACUCGAAUACACAAUCAAGACACUCAUAUAAACAAGUGGAACACUCAGAUGAAUUAAUAAAACCAAUAGAUGGGAACACUAUAAUAAAUAGUGAAUAUGAUAAACAAUCCUUGAAAAGAAACAGUCCUAAAUUAAAAUGUAGUGUGGCUGUAGGAUUAUCUAUGCAGUUUCAAUCUUCAGCUUGUUGUAGUAGUAGAUUGAGCAAGCCAGACUCUGCUCAAAUGCAAUCACUUGGAGAUUUCCGAAAGACAAAUGAAAAUGUAAAACACAUAUCUAGUACAUCAGAUAAAGAUAGAACUCACCCAACAUUUCAAUAUGUUAAAGGGCUUACACCAUUUUUAAAGAUAAGAGAAAGAUUGUCAAAAUCACAAGGCAGUUAUUUUAAUAGAGUUCCUGAAUCUAACAAAGGAGCACAAGAUCGAACUGCAAAAAUAAUUGAUAGGAGGAGCAAUAAAGGUGAAAAUCAAAUGGAGAACAUUGAGGAUGUGAUGGCUAACAAAGAAGACAGACAUAACAAUAACCCUAGGGAGUAUAGAAAAAGAAGAAAUCAAAAUCAAAACAGCAUUGGAGUAAACAGAUUUGGAAUUGGAAGCAGGGAUAGGUUUACAAGUAAAACUAAAUCUCACCAACAUAGUGAUGAUACAUUGAGUAGUUGCAACAACAGUGAUGACGUUGGUUCCAGGAAAAAGAUUUCAUUACUGAACAGAGCCAAUGAAUCCAAUAUUUUGAACCAUAGGUCUGAAGAUAUUGAAAAUGAGUAUGAAAAGAUACCUGAAUCUUACUUAAGGAAAGAAUCAAGAACUAGACAUAAUGAAGAUAAUGAUAAAGUUAUUAGUUGUAAAGCCAGCAAGAACCAAUGCAUUUUGAAUGAGCAAACAAUGCUACAUGUUAAACCCCUGAUAGAACUCUACAACUCUACAGUCACUACAAGAGGUUCACACAAUCAGUCAGAUCAUAGACAUCCAAAGACAACAUCUCAUAGAGGACAACAACAUGCUGGUAAUCGAACAAGCACAAAGAGAAGAAAAGUUCUAACUAACGAAUCAUUCUUUCAAACUGCUCAAGAUAUUAACUUUGAGGAAGCAAUGUAUAACUUGACAAAAUUGAAAAAGCAGUCAUCCAAACCUAAAGCAAAUAAGCUGCUAGCUGUGGAUUUUAGCAAGUUGCCAGUUACUAACCAUUCAUGCCAAACACUGGCAUGUAUGACAAAGAACUAUCCAAAGCCAAUUAUUUCAACUAUUGCCAACUUAAAAACAGCAUCAAAUAAUUCAGACAGCCAAGCUCCUGGAACGUACAGCAAAUCGUCAAACUGUGAUGAUGGCACAAAACACCUUCACGCUGAUCCAUGUAGCAAUUACCAAACAACAUUUCAUCAAAAGCUAGCUGAGCCAUUAAUUGACACUGUUGGUUCCAGUAACCUCACUGUUGGAGAAACUGAUGUGCCAAAUGAUUUCCAAGAUGUAUUCCAUCUGCCUCCUGAUGGAGAGACUCACAAUAAAUUCUACAAUUUAUCAAAACAAAGUUUUUAUGAUCGUAAUGACACAUUUCCAUUGGCACAUGAAAGUACCAAAUCAUUUCCCUUUACCAGUGAAGUUGCAGAGUCAUUUCACCUAAACAAUCUAAGUGCAUUUGGCAGUGAAACAAUGAAUACCAACAGUGUCUUAUCAAAACUAGUAUUUGACAAUGAAAAUAGCCUACUUAACAAUGUCAUAUCUGGACACUGUGAAACCAUCUUCCCUGAAAGAGUUAAUGUUGUUAACAUUACGGACCCAGUAGCAAGAGAAGAACCUCCACUCAGUGACCCUGUAGAAAGCCAUAAACCUUCUCUGACAAAAUCAGUAGAAAAUCAGGAACCUGUAUUAACAAAGCCAGUAGAAAGGCCAGAACCUCCAGAACCGGUAGAAAUACAAGAGUGUUCACCAGUAAGCUCAUUAAAAAGACAGAAACUUCUUUUAACAAAGAUGAAAGAAAGACAAAAAACUACCCCUACCAUGUAUGUAGAAAGAGAGGAACCAGAAGUAACAAAUUCAGUAGAAAGGCAAGAACCUCAACUUCCUUUUGAAAUAUACAAGGCUUUUCCAAUCCAAGCAACACAAGGGUUCAGCUUUAUAGCAUUCCCAAGUCAACAAACAUCUCAGGGUUUUAAGACUGUGGAACAUGAGAGUUCUAUAGCAGAGAAUGGCAGUUUCACUGACUGUCAAGGUCACCAUUAUCACCAACAGGACCAGCAUCAGCAACAGGGCCAGCAUCACCAACAAGACCAGCAUCACCAUCAGGACCAGGAUCACCAACAAAACCCACAUCACCACCAACAACAACUGCAUCUCCAACAAGAUUGGAAUCACCAACAAGACAAGCAUCACCAACAAGAUAAGCAUCACCAACAAGACCAGCAUCUCCAACAAGAUCAGCAUCUCCAACAAGAUCAGCACCACCAACAAGACCAGCAUUACCAAAAGGACCAGCAUAACCAACAAGACCAGUAUUUCCAACAUGAUCAGCAUCCCCAAGAAGAUCAGCAUCACCUACAAGACAAACAUCAUCAACAAGGUCAGCAUCCCCAACAAGGCCAGCAUCACCAACAACACCAGCAUUACCAAAACCACCAUCACCAACAAGAUCAUCAUCACCAACAAGACCACCAUCACCAACAAGAUGAGCAUCACAAACAAGACCAGCAAAACCCCGAAGAUUCCCAUCUCAAGCAUCUUCAAAAUCAGAAUCCAAACAAACAUGCUCAAGUCAUAGAAAGUGAAAAUGUGAUCGAUAAAAUUGUUGUUCCAAUUGAUCCAGGAAAGGCAUUAGGAGGGUCUAAUGCCAGUAGUAAAGAUGAAAAGGUUUCUGUUGAUGAUGCAUUGAAUGAUAAAGACAAUAAACAAGUUGUGAAUGGUGUGAAUAAUCCAUUGGAUGAUAUAGUUGAUGAUUGUACAACAACCAAGCCUGUUGUAAAUGAAGCCAGUCAUAGUAAAGGCCAGGCCACAUGGAUCUGUCAGCUAGAACCUAAAACAGGUCGGACCAUGUAUGUUAAUUUGGCAACAGGACACUCAUCAUAUGAAAGACCAUUGCUCUCAAACCAGUCAUUACAUAGUUGCCCAAAUAGGCCUUUAUUUUCGAUAGUAGAGAACAAGUCAAUGCAGCGCCUACUGACCCACAAUGCAGUAGAAUUUCUACCGAGAUCUAAAGGAGAACGUAGUUUUGGAAAGAAAAUACAAUGUGGAAUAAACAAUGCUAAAAGAAAUCAGCUUAAGCCAAACAAUGGAACCACAAGGGCUGACAUUAUAGAAGGAAAGAUAGGCAACAAAAGCAUCAAAGACAACAACAUAGAAGAUCAAGAUGAUUGUAGUGACAAAGUGGAUGGGGAAUGUGAAAAGGAAAAUCUUCCUAUUUCACCAGGUCCACAGUGUAUUAAGUCCAUGCUGGAUGAACAUGUUGCUGAGACUGGUGUGCAAGAUACAACAAAAUGGAGAUCAAAUACAGCCAGGGACUGUAUUGUUAAAGAUCUGAUGUUGAACUGGGAGAAUCCAGUGUUCAAGGUCCCAGAACAGAGAGUCCUCAGUGCUCAUAUACAGGACCUUUCUCGCCGAAAUACCAGGACUCUAUCUACCCUGCAAGCCAUAAAGUUCACCAAAUCUCUCUUCACAAAUCUUAAGGUCUUGGGUCAGUUGGACUGUAAGUUUAUAUUGUGUGUGGCAAAGGAGGGUGGGGCUGCCUCUAGAGAGAAUGAACUGAUUGUUGUCAUAGACCAGCAUGCUGCUCAUGAAAGAGUCCGCCUCGAGGACCUUAUAGCAGAAGCCUAUGAAGAGACAGCUGGUUGUAGACAGGUCCGUAGUAGCAAGGUGGAUCCUCCAAUGCAUAUAGACUUUUCCCUCAGAGAUAUUACUUUGCUAAAAACCUUCAAAUCAACCAUGGAAAAUAUAGGUAUAAGAUACCACAGUUUAAAGAAGGGUGCGAGUGGUAUAGAGAUCUCUGGUCUACCUACAUGUAUACUAGAGACUGAAAUGAGUAAGGAGCGCAUCCAGGGUGUCAUAACAGACCAGCUAGAAGUCCUCACUGAGACGCAGGGAGCCUUAGGGACGCUACCAAAGUGUAUCAGUGAUGCUCUGAACUCUCAAGCAUGCCAUGGUGCUAUAAAGUUUGGAGAUGCACUUAGCCUGGCAGAGUGUAAACUGCUUGUUGAUCAGCUGUCUGAGUGUAACCUUCCUUUCCAGUGUGCGCAUGGUCGUCCCUCUUUAAUACCACUCUUAGACCUCACACAUGCUGCAAACACUCUCAGACUACAGCCAGACAAAAAGCACUCAGAGAAGCCAAACAUCCAAAGACUAAAGAAGUGUAUGGAGCAUUCUGAGGCUGAUAUGAACUGAAAAAAUAUCUGCUUAAACUGUUUCCUGUGAUACAGAGAAUAAUAAAGUUGGGCGACUUAAGAUGUAUGAACUGAUAGAAGCUCCAGUUUUAUAUUGAAAGACUGGCGUUUAUUUCUAGAGUUGAAAUGAUGAGUUAUCUGAUUAAAUAUUUAGCUGGAACUAAGAAUGUUUCUUAGUACUGCAGUAGUGAACAUGUUGGGGUUCUCACAGGUAUUUGUAUUCUAUCAGGUAUUUUUAUAAAUCCUUGAUUAAUACAAAAAUCUCCAUAACUGAAUCAUGUUAGACCCCCAUUUGCACACGCAGUUCUGUGUAUAACAUAAUAAAAUGUAAAAGUAUUCUAUUGUAAAUGUAUAUGUAGAAUUAAGACUUCUGUUGACCAAUCUAGUCCAGAAAUAUACUAGUCCCAAAGAUGCCAACUCCAGUUAAAUUGAACUUGUGAACUUUUUCAGGAUUAAAAUAUUCUGGGUUCUGCAAAACAGGUGUUUGCUGUACUUGACCCAGAAUCUUGUUUCCUGUUUAGUGAUUAAAUUUAAAGCCUCGAUGUAUUCUUGUGAUUUAUUGGAACAUAUUUUCAUUUUUUUGAUUUGUUUCAUGUCACAAUGUUUUAGGUUAAACUAGAUUUUAGGUUAAACUAUGUACAUGUCACAUAGCAUUAAGUUCAUUUUUUUAAUCUAAAACAUAUGGUUUUAAGUUAUUUGGAAUAUAAUAUUUUUCUUAUAUGAAAAUAUGGC